AAUGGAGAGAUCGGGCUUGGGAGAUCUGCAUCAAUAUCCCCAUCGGGUUUCCCUGUAUGGAAAGAUAAUCUUAUUUAACUGCAAACGAGCUUCGGGCACAAAUGACGGCGAAAGAAGUGAGUUAAUGUUCAACAGCUUUUCGUUUGGACGGGAUGAUAACGCGUUCCUGAAGGCAGCGGAUGGAGCAGCUGUCCUCAGCAGGAAAACAUCAGCUCAUGUGGAUAUCGUGAAAUGUAAAUGUGUCACAGACGUUCAGAAAAGAGUCACAACGCCUUGUGUUUUAGUGACACAGAAGAGUGACAAAGGAGAGAGCUUCCGGUAUAGUCUUUUCACACUGAGCAGCUCAAACCAAUUAGAGCCCUGCAUUGAGUUUAAGCUUCCUUAUCAAAUAAGGGACACUGUGUCUAUCCUCCAGGGCCCCACAGUGUUGUGGAGCCAUGGGGGUUAUGUCUUCUAUACAUCUUUGCAGACAGGGAAGGUGAGACAGAUACCCAUUCAGCUGUCCCACUGUGUUAUUGGAGAACUUCCCUUCCACAAAGGAGAGCUAUUUAUUCUUGGACUACAAGAUGAAAUCAAUCAGUCCACAAGCAAAACCCUGGGUUAUUUUGUUGAGAAUACGCAUACAUUUGAUGGCACAGUGAUUUUACCUCACCCCUACUUUUGCAUCACACGGUGCGUCUUGGUGCUAUCAGCGGACAAAGUGGAUGGUGUGCUGAAAUCUGCUGUGGUUGCAGUGACUUCUAAUCAGCAACUUGUCUAUUUUGAGAAUGGAAUUGUGAAAGACAUAUGUCAGCUCCCCUUUGAGCAACCUGAAGAUAUUCAGGUGAUGAACACUGGAAGGAAUGGCUGCCUGUUUGUCAUAUCCUUUCACCAAGGCCAUGUUUGUGCUGUAUGGAAGGAGACAUUUCAGGCAUCCUCCCACUGGUCAGGCGUCAGCUCCGUCCAUGUGGAUGACUUCCUAGGCUGUGGAACAGACCAGAUGUUGUUAGUUUUUAAGGAUGAAGGUGUAACAGGGCAGCCACUGGAAGAUUUCCUCAUCACUGACCUCUGCGGUAUUUCAUAUUCUCAUGGAUGGGACACUGGAGCACCAAAGAAACUUCCUUCUCCACCAGAGAACCAUCUUCUUACUCUUCAAGCCUUAGAGUCCAGACUACAGAGUGGACUGACCGUGCUUCAGGAGCUUCAGAGAGAAAUGAGAGUGAAGGAAAGAGUUGUUCAGCAGUCGAUCCAAGCCCUUACUGAUGUGGUCUCAGAGAGAAAACCUGUUCUCACACAGCCUGAGCAGGAAGGCCUUGUUGCUCUGUGGGACUCUGAUGAUGAGUCAAAGGAAGAGGCCUUGGAUGACAAGACGCAAGACAUGCCAGCAGUGUCUUCAAAACCUCAAGUUGACAAGCUGUGGCAUCGCUUUGCUGAGGACCAAAUGGUUGUGGGAGUGAUAUUGACGACUGACAGCUCUGUACCAGUGGCCAGUGUGAGCUUAGCCAUCCUGACAGAGACGGGCCAGAGCUCAACGCCCGCAGUCAUCCAGACCCAGAGCCAAGUGCUGCUGCUCCCCGCACCCUGCCCCUCAUCAUCAUCAUCCUCCUCUUCCUCCUCUGCCUUCACGUUCCCAGAGCCCGCAGCCAAAAGGAGCAAGCAGCACAAUGCCAGCAGACCCAAUGAUCUCAACACAUGUAGACUGGCUGUGACUGCUGUGACCAAGCUGACACCUCUGUUGAACUCUGGCUGUGUCAAGUGCCGUGUCAUGCUCCAUUACGUCCAGCGACAAGAUGCUUUUUCCCUUGUGAGCAACCCAGCACCAGUUGUUCUGCAUUGUGGUCAAGUCGCCCUAGACAUCCACACUGAUUUUCAAACCCAAUUGCUGAAAAACCCUGAACUCAAAACAGAUGAGGUUGAAGAGGACUUACUGAGUUUGUUGGCAGUGCUGGAUUGCUGGGUCCUCCACAUUGACUCUCCUGACCACAGCAUAGGUGAUAUAGAUGGCUGGAUUCAGAAAAGAGUGGGUUGUAAGAGGAUAGAAGUGAGCUCUCAGUAUCUACUGUUAAAUUCUUCAGGACCAUCUGCUCUCAUGCUGCUACACUGGCAUCAGAUAACCCCUUUCCAGGGGGAACUGUCUGUCCACUCCAGCCAGUUACAAAUGCUCCAGUUCCUGGACUCUUUCUUGGCCCACCUCCCUGUGUCCUGUUCCAUCCAGCCUGUCAAAGGUACAAGAGGACAGGGUGCAGCUCAAAUGUUUUCUCUGGCACUGGAAAAAGAGGUGGUGUCACUCAGAGAGUGUGUGUCACUGCUUCUUUGUGAAGAAGAGGAGGAUGAGAAGAGGAGGAGCCCUGGACAUGAUGUUACCCCUGUGUUAGGUACUGUAGAGGGACUACAGAGGUGUAGGGAGGCAUGGCAGCAGGAUGUGGAGAGGAGUAGGAUGAGGUUGAGCCCCCUACUGGAUGUGGGGAGGUAUCGUAAGCUGAUCCAAAGCCUGUCCAAAGUCUGUCUCGAUGGAGAUUUGGCAGCUCUCUUAUAAAUACAGAGAACUUUGCUCCACUAAUGUGCUGCAAGCAUAGUUAGUGUUUAAAAUCCCCUGGGUAGGACUUUGUUUCCUCAUCAAACACUUAGUAUCAAUGGGGGAAAACAAGCCAAGUCAUAAAUAGUUUAAUGUGCCAAUUGUAACAACUGAAAAGACAGUACAUCAUGUAUGCUCUUUACAUCUCACUUGGACUAAGAACCACCCCCUGUUGCUGGCUUGGUUACACCCUGAGCUGAACUGUGUGUGUCUGUUCUCUCAGACAGCCUCUUGGGGUUCAUAUCUUUGUAGUGUCCAUUGCCAUAUAGGGCACCAGCCUAUUUCCAUUGGAUCACCUCCUGGGUUUCACAACCUUAAUCUGAUACUGAUGCAAUACUGCAUCUUUGUUCAGCUUGCUCUUCUGUUCAUGUCCCUUUAGACCCUCUGUGUUGAAAAAUGCUCUUGUACAUCUGUUGCUGCCACUGUUGCUGCUAUGUGCCAUUCAGUGGGAGACAGAGACCACUUUCAUCCUAGAGCGAGAAACUGUUUGUGUUGUGAAUAAAGAGAACAGAUGACAGUAGAGCAAGGGGUUAUACAUGUGCUUGCUGGCUGUAGUUGACUGAAAGCUUUUAGUGGUAUUUCCUCUCAUGGUUCAGUUAUUUUCCUGUGAAACGAUGUAAAGAAAACAGUCCUUGGAUGCUGAUUCUCUUAUGACGCUGCACAGGCUGUGGGUGCUGUUAGUUAAAAUGCCAUUUGUCCAAGUAAACAUUGAAUUCUACUUAAAUGGACCUAGUCUUUGCUGGAUGCAGAAGGUCUGUGGCAGCACCAGUAACGUUUGCUAAAAUUUCUACUCCAGUGGGGGCUGAAAAAUGAUGUGUAUUUUGUUUGGUCUUGAAAAUACUCCAUGUGUUUGCAGUACUCUUUCAAUCUGAGGGGAGAUCUGCUCCCUCUUGUUUAUACCUUUUAAUCUCUCUGCUUCACUGCACUCAACAACUUCCACUGGACUCACUACCACAGGAUUCCCUUAAACAUAACCAUAACAUAAGUAUUUCAAUUCUUUGUUACUUCCUUAAGCUAUUCCCAACAUGUUAUUUUAUUAAAGUAAUUCUGCUGUGAGAUAAUGAAA